AUGGAAGACUUUUUUACUUCUAAAGGCAUUUCUUUACAAACAGAUACCAAUAAUGAUACAAUAAUUGAAACGCUAAAUGCUAUUACGAAAGAAAUAACUCCAAAUAUCUUUUUCAACGAAACAACACACCAUAAAAUUAAAAUCUUUGCCCAGAUUCUGAAAUAUUUCGUUUGCAUUUUUGAAAAAGGAACACCUUCCAUUAAAGUGAUGGUAUCAAAUACGUUGGGCAAGUUUUUAGUUCGAUUUUUUCCACAUUUUAGUUUAUCAAUCUUAAAGGGAGCGUUUGAUGUCGCAAAUUUAUUUACACAAGAAAACAAAACAUCAUUGGUACUCGCAUCCGUAUUCUGUUAUUGCAUCAAAUUCACUUCUCCUAAGAGUCAUAAAGAUAUUAUUAAAUUCUUCCCAAGUUUACCUCAUUUUACUGAUAUAAAUACUCCAAACUUCUCUAAUGUACCUCAUUUAUUAGAGCGCAUUGGAAGAUUUAAUAAAAAUUGGGCUGGCACAAUUCUUGGACCUUUCCUUACAAAAGAUCCUGACUCGAAAAAUAGGGCCUUAUUUAAUUCUAUUUUAGCUCUCGUCAAAAAUUAUCCAGAAUUAUUUGAUGAAGCCGUAGAAAUUAUUUUAUCGAACAAUAAUCCUAACUUAGAUUUAAUAUCCUUCCUAUUUUCACAAACCAACUAUAUUAUGAUAUCGACGAUUGAACCACAACUCGCAAAAUACGCUUAUGAACUACUUACAAAAGAAGGAUCUACGAUGGUACAAAAAGAUAGCGCCUUUCAAAUACUCAAAAGAAUCGAUUCAGUCGAAAGCCUAUAUUUAGAUGGUAAUUUACAAUUUAAAUACAAUGAUAUUUCAAUAAUGAUUCCUUUCAACGAAGUAAAAACCAUUUCCUCGCUCUACAAAUUCCCCAUCAAAGAGAUUUUGCCUGUUACAAAAGAUGAUUCCGCAUUAGUUGCAACUGUCAAAUGGGAAACUUCAGGUGAUUUAGGUCUCAUAGAGAAUUUUUCCAAAGGAAUUGGCGAUAAACCAGAGCUUUUGAGUCCAUUCCUUUCAGGAUUACGUCAUUUAAUUCGGAAAUUGGAUGAUAGCAACGAAUUAGCUGAAUUAAUACACAAAUAUAUCUUUGUAAAACCUCAAUCAUGGUUCCACUCAGUAGAUAUACUAGGAGUAAUGUCAGAAUUAAAUGUUGAAAGAAGUAAGAAAUUAUUUGGAAUCGAACAAACGAUCAAAAUGUGCCAAAUCGCAUUUGAAUGUACUUUAUCCGAAAAUGCAAAGCUUUCUUCCAGUGCAAUUACGUUCUUUCAUAAAUUCAACCCGACUCAUGAGAUAUUUUCCUUAAAUAUGUUAACAGACUUUUACGAAAAGAGGGGAUUCCUCAAUACAGUUACCAUUGUCAAGUCAAUUGCCAAAGAUGAAGAUUAUUUGGCUGUCAUGAACUGUCUGACAGAAGCAGUUGAGUAUUUCAUUGACGACAUGGAAGUUUUACUCGCUUAUUAUGAUUGUUCGGCCGAUUUCAAGUAUCCUCUCAAUCCAGAUAGUCCUAGUGUCGUUAAAGCAAUAAGAUAUUGCGAAGAUUUCGUAGAUUCUUUGAACACGACAAACUUUGAUGAAUUCUUUGCAAACAAAAAUGGUUUAGAUGUUGUUGAUGGAGCCCUUGACAUCGACAACUUCUUCAGACCACUUGAAAGAACUCUCAAAUUCCUGUCAAAUGUGUCAAAACCGGUUUUCCGCAUUAUAGGACUUAUUGACAGAGCAGCACCAUUUUGUCCAUCAGCAUGUACAUCAGUAUGUGCGAGUAUCUUUGAAAAGGUCGAAGCUCCGACACGAGAAAGACUUGCUGCGGAGUUCAUGGGAUUAUGGAAAACAGCGCGUGACAUAACAUAUGUUUCUGAUUGGUGUGAAAUUCUUUAUGGAUGGAUGCAGCAUAAAGAAAGCAUCAAAUCAGCUGCAAUUGAGUAUUUCACGAAUGCUGUUGAAGAGAACCAUUCUGUUGACGAGAAGUUCAUUGUUUAUUUGGUAAGAAUGUGCGGAAUGUUCAAGAAAGAUUUAGAUUUUAUACCCGAAAAAACUUUGGAAGCAUGCCUUGAUUCAUUUGAAGAGAAAUGUCCAGAUGUUUAUACAUUUCUCACUGGAAACAAACCAAAAAUCAAAUUGAAUCAGAAACAAAAAUUUGUUUUUGUAAAUCCGACACCUGAUGAAUUGAGAAAAUCAGAAGAAUCUGCUGUUUUCUCAAUGGUUGCUGAAUCUGUAUCAGAUGAAUAUCUCCAAGAAAUGCUCAAAACAUACGUAGCAAGCAAGAGCAUGAAUGGUCUCAUUUCUUUGAUUAACUACGCAAAGAGAAGAAACAGAAUCAUUUUGUUCAAAGAUGUUGAAAUUCCUCUCCUCAUGAUCAAUUCAGUUCUCAACUACGCGAUGCAAGUAAAGUCCAAAGAGCUUCCAAUUCUCGCGAAUAGAUUCAAACAUUUGAAUGGUCUGAUCGGAGAAACUUGUUUCAUGAUAAAUCCUGAGGAUUUCGUCAAUGAUUUCUUCCAAACUCCUAAGCCACCUUCAAAGAAAAUUAUGGAGUUUCUAACAUUUGUUCAGAGGAGCUACAGCUAUUUUAACCAGGAAGUCCUCAAAACAGCUGUUGUCCACAUUCUCGACACUUGCAAGAACAUGAAGAGAAUGAAAAUUGGACUCCAUCUUGUCAGAGCAAUUAUGGGCGCAAUGUCAAAUUUGCCUCUUGAAUUCUUGCUGACAAUAACUGCUUUGAUGAUUCAAAAUAAGGAAUUUCUCGAUGGAUACGAGACUGCAAGGAUUUGUUACAUGAUUUCUCAAAAGAUGACAGUCAAUAAAAAAGUUUGUGAAAUUUACGACUCAGUUAUUGACAAAAUCAAACCUUCUUUUCCUGCCCAUAUUCUCAUCAGGCUUUCGAUGCUUUCAGAACAAACUAGUUCAAAGUCUUUCUCUCAGUUAAUUGACUUGUGCGAAAACAAUAUUCAGGCAUCGAAUGUUAACUUUCCUUCUUUGACAAUUAUGAGUUUGAGACUGAUGAUACAGUUGUUGAAAGUCAAGGAGACAAAUCACACACAUAACUUGAUCGAAAAACAAAUGCCUUUCCUCAUUUCAUUGAUACAGAAGAACUGGAAGAAUCCUAGUUUCUGUGAUAUUCUAGGAGAGAUUGUUUCAUUUGUAAUGUCAAGAAAUUCUUUAUCAAAUGUUUCAGACUUAAUUGUCAAAUCUAUUACACAGAUUGUUCCUCCUUCUUCUUAUGCUUCUUAUCAGAUCUAUGCACAGAUUCUUCCUAAAGCUGUAAGAAGGAGAUUCUUGCUUCCUCCAACGAAACCUCCGAACGUUGCUCCUCCUUUCUCCAUUUUCAAAGUUGAUAUGGGUUGUCUCUGCGAACAAAUUGAACUGAAUUACAAAGAUUAUGACUCUAAAUACGCAUUCAUUAUGGAUAGAGUCACGACAUGGCUCCAGAGUACAAAAGAUACAGACUGCUACUCAAUGAGCUUUGUCGUUUUCGAGUGGCAGAGCUUGAUACAGAAAUACUUGACAUCUCAAGAUGUUGUAUCAACUGUUUGUUUCCAGUUCCACAAGUUCAUUCCGAGGUUCUUCCCUUUAUUUGUUGCAAUGGCUAUAUUUAUGAGGAAGGAGGCAAAGAGCGGAAAAGAUAUUUCAGGAACGUUGGAGAUGAUUGAGUCAGUAGUAAUAACAAGACCUCAUAAAGAGGCAGUUAAGUUGAUUAACGUGCCUGGUAAAAUGGGAAUUGCCUUAAAAUUGGCAUCAUUUUCAAGUGAUUGCGAGGAAGCUGAUAACUUAAUUUCAAAGCUAACAAAAUAA